AUGUACGAUCAAAAUAAUAAUGUUCAAGACUAUGAACAAUCAUUAAAACAAGCUCGUAUAUCACUUCUUAAUUCAACAUUUGAUCAACUUUGGGUUCAAUCAGAAAAAUGUUCAUUAAUUGAAAAUAAAACUUCAUCAUCAAAUUCAACAACAAAAAUACAAUCAUCAUGGUAUAAUGAUAUAAAAAAACAAUUUAGUAUUAUUUUUCUUAUAUUUAUAAUUAUUACACUUCUAUUAUUUUCUCUUCCUUUUAUUAUUCGUUCACAAUAUCAUGCAAAUCGUUAUCUUCAUCAAUGUUCAUCACUUGCAUGUAUAUCAACAUCAUAUCGUAUUAUAGAAAAUUUAAAUAUGAAUAAAAAUCCAUGUGAAAAUUUCUAUUCAUAUGCAUGUGAUGGAUGGAUAAAUAGUCAUUUUUUAACACCAAGUGAAACAUCCAUAAGUUAUUUUAAAGAAAUUUAUAAGAAUAAUUUAAUUAUUUUAUAUAAAAUUCUUCAAGAUAAUUCUAAUACAAAUUCAAUAUCAAUAAAAAAAUUGAAAACAUAUUUUCACACAUGUAUGAAUACAUCAAAUAAUGAAAAACUUGCAAGAAAAACUCUAAGAAAUAUUCUUCAACAUGUUGGAAAAUCAAUUUUAUUAUUUAAAUAUUGGUCAAAAAAAAAUUUUAAUUUAGUUACAAGUGUUAUUUAUACACAUAGACAUAAAAUUAAUCCAUUUUUUCGUAUAACUAUUACAAUUGAUGAUAAAAAUAAUAAUUAUCAUUGUAUUUAUUUUGAACAAUCAGGUUUAUCAUUUGAUGAAAAAUUUCGUUAUAAUGAUAAAAAUAUUCGUUAUUUAUUUAAUAAUUUUGGUACAAAAUUAAUCAAAUAUCUUCAUUCAUUUUUACCUGAAUAUAAAAUAUCAAAACAAAUUGAUGAAAUAUUUCUAUUUGAAAAACGUUUAGCUUAUAUAUUUCAAAUAAAAACAUUUCAUAAUCCAUUGAAAUUAUAUCAUAUACGAACAUAUGAACAAAUUCAACAAUGGUUUUCAUCAUGGUUUGAUAUUGAAAUUUAUUUAGAAAGAAUUUUUCAUAAAGAUAAAUCAUUUUUUUAUAAUCAAACAUUUCUUAUAUCAACACCAGAUUAUUUUGAAAAAUUAAAACAAUUAAUAGAAAUAACACCUAAAUAUAUUUUAGCUAAUUAUAUAACAUUUCAAGUUAUUCAAGAAUUAUUACCUUAUAUGCCAGAAAAUUUUAAUCAAUUUAGAAGACCUUUAAUUACAUAUUUAAAAGGUAUUAUCGAAGAAAAACAAUUAUGGGAAAUUUGUGCUAAAAGAACAGAUGAUGCAUUUGGAUUUGCUACAGGUGCUCUAUUUAUUUCAAAAGUAUUUGAUGAAAAAAGUCAAGAAAAAAUAAAACAUAUUGUUGAAGAAAUUCGUUUAACAUUUAUUGAAACAUUACCAAAUAUUCAAUGGAUGGAUUUAGAAACACGUCAACAAGCACAAAUCAAAGCACAAAUGAUUAUUGAUAGACUUGGAUAUCCAAAAUGGCUUGAAGAUGAACGAAAUAUUGAUCGAUUUUAUCAAGAUUUAAAUCUAUCAUCGACGAAUAAUCCUAUGAUUAAUAUAAUAUUAGUACGAAGAUUUCAAAAAGAACAGAAUUUAAAAAAACUUGGACAACGGCCCGAUAUUGAAGAAUGGACAAUGACACCUAUUGAUGUCAAUGCAUAUUAUGCACCAUGGAAAAAUAUGAUUGUAUUUCCAGCUGGUAUUUUACAAACACCAUUUUUCGACGCUAAUAUUCCUAUUUCACUUAAUUUUGGAUCGAUUGCAUCUAUUAUUGGUCGUAAGUAG